CAGUUGGGUACUGUUGGAUGUCGCACGUUCACUGCACGCAAGUUAGGCUGGUUAGAAACCUCCAAGCAGGAAAUAAAGAUUGCCAGGAAAAUGGAUACUUCUGAAGAGGCCAAAAAGUGGCAAAUUCCUGCCUUGUCUUGCGUCUCUAUGAAAAGUGAUGCCUCGAUGCACAAUCAUGAGAACUUCGCCAAAGAAACAUCAGACAGGUCAUUUCAUAUUGAAAACUCAAAUAUUUUUGCCUCCUGUGAAUCGGCAAGUGAUUCUUAUAUUAAGGCUUAUCAUGAUGUCACUAGUAAAGAUGCUGCCAGGGACCACAAUGAUUACCUGGAAUCAGCAGAGAUGGAUAUAAACGCUGUAUUCAAGCUGGUGGAAUCCCAGGGUGUGGCUAUUCUUAGGAGGGAAAUUAAACGUUAUAAGAAGACGCUAUUUCCACACCUAUCACCACCUUUGACGAGGAAGACGGAAAGUCUAGAUGAAGACGGUUUCACUACUGAAGAUACAAAGAUGGACACAAAUGCCAGCGAGGGGGCUCUGAAGAUUACAUUGCAUGUCCUCAAUGAAUUAGGACAAAAGACACUUGCCAAUGAAUUGGAAAAAUGCAUCUAUGGUGAGCUUGAUGUCUGCCAACGUAAACUCAGAGAGAAAUUGAAAAGGUUUGAAUACAUUUACGAGGGAGUGGCACAGCAUGGAAACCAGACACUUCUCAACAAGGUUUACACAGAGCUCUACAUCACAGAGGGAGUUGGUGGUGCCAUCAAUAAUGAACAUGAGAUCAGACAGAUUGAGGCUAAAACCAGGGCAACUGUGACAGAAGACAAGCCAAUAAAAUGUGAAGACAUCUUUAAGCCUGUUUGUGGACAAGACAGAGUCAUCAGAACCACACUGACAAAAGGAAUUUCUGGCAUUGGAAAAACCAUCUCUGUGCAUAAGUUUAAUCUGGAAUGGGCCGAGGGAAGAGCCAACCAGGAUAUUCAACUUCUAAUUAACCUCCCAUUUCGGGAGCUGAAUCUGAUGAAGCAACUCUGCACACUCACAGAGCUCCUUCAUCACUUUCUCAUUGAGGCAAAAGAUUCAGGAAUUUCCAAUUUUGGCAAAUACAAACUCAUUCUGAUAUUUGAUGGUCUUGAUGAGUGCCGGCUUCCCCUGGACUUUGACUACAACAGGUCAUGCUGCUGCGACUCAGAGCAAGUCCCAGUAGAUGUUCUCCUGACGAAUCUCUUCAAAGGGAACCUGCUGCCUUCUGCACAUAUCUGGAUUACUUCCCGACCUGCAGCUGCAAAUCGCAUUCCAGUCAACCUCAUUGAUCGUGUGACCGAGAUACGGGGGUUCAAUGAUCCCCAAAAGGAAGAGUACUUCAGAAAAAAGAUCUCGGACCAGGACAUGGCCAGUAAAGUCAUAUCUCAUGUAAAAUCGACCAGGAGCCUCCACAUCAUGUGUCACAUCCCAGUUUUUAGCUGGAUAUCUGCCACUGUUCUACAAAGGAUUUUGACAGAAAUGGAAAGAAAGGAAAGAGAGGAUGACGAAAAAGGCGAAAUGCCCAACACUCUGACACAAAUGUACACCCAUUAUUUGGUUUACAACUCACUGAUCACAAGUCAGAAGUAUUCAGCAGGAGAGGAGGAAUCAGAUACACCAUCCCAGGUCAAUGAAGAGCUGAUCUUGAAACUGGGAAAACUGGCCUUUGAGCAUCUGAUGAAGGGUAACAUGAUCUUCUAUGAGAAUGAACUGAAUGAGUAUGACCUCAACAUCAAUGACACUGCCAUCCAUUCAGGAAUGUUCACACAGAUCUCAGGGACUGAUUUUGGAUUUCAUCUGGAGAGGAAGAUCUACUCCUUUGUGCAUCUCAGUGUUCAGGAGUAUUUAGCUGCGGCAUACGUUUUUCACACAUUUGUCUCCUCAAAUAAAAACCUGCUGGAUCUACGCGAAACCACCCAAGUUCAGGAAGGGGACAGUCAAAUAACCGACCUUCUCAAGAGUGCAGUGGAUAGGGCCUUGCAGAAUGAGAAUGGCAACCUUGAUCUUUUUCUUCGCUUCCUUCUUGGCCUUUCACAGACAUCCACUCAGACUUUGUUGAGAAGUGUUCUGACCACCAUAAAGACCAGCUUAGGAAGAAAUGAGGAAAUUACUGAGUACAUCAAGGAGAAAAUCAAGCAAACUUCCUCUGUAGAAAGGUGCAUCAACCUCUUCCACUGCCUCACAGAGCUUAAUGAUCAGUCUCUUUUGGAGGAAAUCCAGACUUACCUGAGCUCUGGUAGCUUGCCAGAGACCACGCUGUCAUCGUCACAGUGGUCCGCUCUGGUCUGUGUUCUGCUGACGUCACAGGAGUCGCUGGAUGAGUUUGACCUACGAAACUAUUCACGAUCUGAGGAGGGUUUGCGGAGGCUGUUACCGGUGAUUAAAGAAUCCAAAGUGGCACUGCUUAAAGAAUGCAACCUGACAGAGAAAUGCUGUGAAGCACUUGCAUCCCUUUUGAGCAGUUCAUGUCUGAAAGAGCUGGACUUGAGUGACAAUGAUCUGCAAGAUGCAGGAGUGAAACUGCUGUCCAGCGGAUUGGGAAGUCCCACAUGCCAGCUGGAAACACUGAGGCUGCAGUUCUGCGGGAUCACAGAGGCUGGUUGUGGCUUUCUGGCUGCAGCUGUGCGGACCAACCCUGGUCAUUUAAAGGAACUGGAUCUGAGUUACAAUCAUCCAGGGCAAGAUGGCAUGGAGCUGCUGUCCUCUUUACAGAAGGAUAACGAACACCUCACUGUUAGCUUAAAAGGCAACGGAGAGUGCUACUUAAAAUCAGCUUUGAAGAAAUAUGCAUGUGAGCUGACUAUGGAGCUGAACACAGCCGACGCACAUUUGUCCUUCUCCGAGAACAACAAAAAAAUCACUCGAAUGGAAAGUGCUCUUCCAUACCUCGACAACCCGGACAGAUUUUCAGACUGGGGACAAGUGCUUUGUAAAGAGGGCCUGCAGGAUCGCUGUUACUGGGAAGUAGAGUGGAGUGGGGACUGGAUCGGUGUAGGAGUAGCUUAUAAAGAAAUCAGCAGGAAGGAAAAAGGUAAUGAAUCUGUUCUUGGCUACAAUGAGAAAUCCUGGAGUCUGCGCUACCUUAAAGGCAAAUACACGGCCUGGUACAAUAAGAGUGAUGCAGACAUGUCAGUCCCCUACUUCGACACAAAGAGGGUUGGUGUGUUCUUAGAUUGGUCAGCCGGCACUCUGUCUUUUUAUGCCGUAUCAUCGCAGUCUAUGACUCACCUCCACACAUUCAACACAGAAUUCUCAGGGCCACUGUAUCCGGGCUUCAGGCUGGGAUAUAAAGGUUCAACCUUAACUUUGUGCACCCCAGAAUAUCCUUAAAUAGCUGUGUUCCUGAAACAACACAAGGCUGAGAAGAAUGAGGAUGAAAUGAGCUUUCUAAGUGGGUCCUGGGUCACAUACUGAAGAGUAAGUAGUGUUCCUAUCAAGAUGUAUUGUAGGAAAAAAUGAAGAAACAUAAGUCAAGUAGUUUAAAUGAAUAUAAGCUUACACUUCAGAUUCACAGCGUCAUUUCACUGUAUUCACAAUGUGGAGUGUGCAAGAAGAGUUUAGUACUCUUUACAAUCAUCUUUUUAGCGACUCCAGUGUUCUUGGGAAAAUUGAGAGGCUCUCCUGCAGGCAGGGACAUCUUGCAGUCUGUGGAUAUAAGCAAAUAAUGUUCUUCCUCCUUUGUUUUGUCAGGACCUCAUUAGAGCUGGCUUCAGCUGUUAUAUGUUGGUAAUCUAUCUGCUUUUAGUUUUCUCUGCCUUUGCAGAAUUCUCUGCUUCCACUUGAAUACUUGUGUACUUACUGAUGUCUACCAAGCAUAUAGCUGAUGUGAGCUUCCACAUAAUUGUUUGUGUAUAUUGGAUAUAGUUUAUUUUAAAGUUCUUUAUUAAGUUUUCUUAGUGAUAAAAUAUGUAGUUGUGAUGGGUUUUAUGGGAAUUACAAAUUCACUCACUCCACAGGCAGGAUGAUCCCUCAUUAUUUUGCUAUUAUCGGUAAUAUGGUGCUUUGAACCAGUUCUUAACAUUUUCAUACUCAUUACUCUAGCAGGUGUCUAGACAGACACACUCUGUAUUUAUGGAGUGUGUAAAGUUGUACUGUUAUUGUGAAUAGUUUGUUCGUUCUUGAGGGUCAGGGUGGAAGUAUCUUGACUUUGUGUGAUGCAAAAAGUGUCUCAAGAUAAAUACUGUAGCAACUCAACUUUAUUUUCUGACACUUGCUAUGGCAACUGCAUCCCAAACAAUGCUCUUGUUUAACAGGUGUAGGUAUUGCUCUUGUAUUUUGUUUAUAGCAUUAAAAAACCUUUACAUAUAAUCUGAGAUCAAGAUGUAUUAUGCUAAAAUAAAGCUGACUCAUUUAUAUUGCAAUAAAACAGAAAAA